AUGGAGCUCAUGUUCGUCGGUGCCGGUGCGGACUCACUUCGAUCAAUUGAUGAGCACUCCAUUUUAGAUUCUCCAAACAGGGAAAAGCUCCUUGAGACGAGUGUCAGUCGGUGGUGCAUCGAUACCAUGGCUAUUGUUGAGAACGGUGUGUCGAAUAACCAGGUGGAAUCAAAGGAUGCUGAUCAGACAGAGUCUUCGAUUUUGAUUUCGAGGUCAAAUCAGGAGAAGAAGAUAACGUCUAAUAACACAAACGGCACUUUAAUAAAUGGAAAUGGUGUCUCGAAUCAUCCUCAGCAUCAUUUGGUAGUGAAUGGGGCUGAUCGCCAUGGCCAUGAAGAGGGUUUUAAGAAAGAUAUGAGAGAUUUGGAGGAAAUCCUGUCGAAAUUAAAUCCUAUGGCUGAAGAAUUUGUUCCCCCUUCACUCUCCAAGAACGUUUAUAAUAGGGCUUUACUACAACCACCAUCUCCUGCAACUCACUUUGGUUAUGCUGCUGUUAAUGAUUUCCUACUCCAAAAUAACCACACAGCUUUUGCCAAUGUCGAUGGCAUUAACACCGGAAGGAAGAAGGGUAAUUUUAGCAAUGGAAAGAGGAGGAUGAAUAGCCGAACUAACUUGGCACAACAAGAAGAUGCCAUUAAGAGAACAGUUCAUGUGUCCGACAUUGAUCAACAGGUAACUGAAGAACAACUUGCAGCACUUUUUAUUCAUUGUGGACAGGUUGUUGAUUGCCGUGUAUGUGGUGACCCUAAUUCUGUUCUUCGUUUUGCUUUUGUUGAGUUUACUGAUGAGGAAGGUGCAAAGAAUGCAUUGACUCUUGCUGGAACAAUGCUUGGUUUCUAUCCAGUUAGGGUUUUGCCUUCAAAGACUGCAAUAGCACCAGUGAAUCCCACUUUUCUGCCUCGAUCUGAAGAUGAAAGGGAAAUGUGUGCAAGGACUAUUUAUUGUACUAACAUUGAUAAGAAGGUUACUCAGGCAGAUGUCAAACUCUUUUUUGAAUCACUUUGUGGAGAGGUUUAUCGCUUGAGGUUGCUUGGAGACUAUCAUCAUUCCUCUCGUAUUGCAUUUGUGGAGUUUGUGAUGGCCGAGAGUGCAAUUGCUGCCCUGAACUGUAGCGGUGCGGUAUUGGGAUCAUUGCCGAUAAGGGUAAGUCCUUCGAAGACUCCGGUGCGCCCACGUGCACCUCGCCCUGCCAUGCAUUGAUGAUGGGUUUGGUGGUGGUGGUGGUGGUGAUAGUUAUUAUCUAUCUAAAUAUACACCUACACAACGUAGUAGAUUAUAUUACAUCAAACUUAUUGACUGUUUAUGUUUGUUUAUGUUUGUUCAUUUGUGUUAUGCAUCUCGGAGUCUCAAUAUGUUUAUAGAGCUAUCUGUUUAAAAUUGUAGAGAGAUGGGAACAAGCAUACAGUUUUGUUUCAGCUUUUAAUUUUUAUUUUUUUUUAUAUAUUUAUGAU